AUGCCAGCUACAGUACAUACUGAUGUCCUUAAAUACAAGGGCAGUAAUUUCUUCCGCCAAAGAUUAUUGUUAGCCACACUUAGUGGCCGUUCUGUUAAGAUAGAGGAUAUUCGAAGUACACACGAUGACCCAGGUCUUCGGGAGUAUGAAGUGAGCUUGAUACGGUUACUGGACAAGGUGACUAAUGGAACAAGGGUAGAACUAAGUCCGACAGGCACGUCGGUGUAUUUCCAGCCCGGGAUAUUGAUUGGUGGGCAAGUUACUCACAGCUGUAGUACUCAAAGAGGAAUAGGUUAUUACUUAGAAGUCUUGUUGGCCUUGGGUCCAUUCUGUAAAGAGCCAAUGAAUGCAGUGCUACAGGGUGUUACCCAUAGUGGACUGGAUGUGUCCGUAGAUAAAAUUAAGACAGCUGCCCUACCUGUACUGCUGAAGUUUAUAUUGGUGGAUGAUGGGUUGGAGCUUAAAGUUGUCAGAAGAGGUGCUGCACCUCUGGGCGGUGGUGAAGUAGUAUUCAAAUGCCCAGUCAAACGACACUUGCGGCCACUACAAUGGACAAAGUGGGGCCUGGUCAAGAGGAUCCGAGGAAUUGUAUAUGCACUGCGGGUGUCACCCACUAUGGCAAAUAGGGUAGUUGAUGCUGCUAAAGGGGUAAUGUUAAAUUUCCUGCCGGACGUGUACAUAAACACGGAUCAGUGCCGCGGCCCCAACGCUGGCAAGAGUCCCGGGUUCGGUAUCAGCCUGGUCGCUGAGACUAAUGACAAAACAUUUUACUGUGCUGAAGCGAAAUCUGCAGAACCCGGAUCAGGGGAAAUAAGUCUACCAGAAGACGUUGGCAAAGAAUGUGCGCAACGACUCCUGGAUGAGAUAUACCGUGGGGGGGCGCUGGACUCUUCCUUCCAGUGGCUGCUGGCGCUGUGGAUGGCGUUAGGACAGAAGGAUGUUAGCGAAUGCAUAGUGGGCCCUCUCUCCGACUACACAAUAACCUUCCUACAACACCUGAAAGACUUUUUUGGUGUUAUGUUCAAGCUGGAAGCGAUUAGAAGUAAUGACGAUGAAGACUCCGACGACGAGGGUAUAACACCGGCUAAUAAGAUCAAAAUGACUUGUGUCGGUAUAGGCUACGUCAAUAUUAGUAAGAGAACAAUGUAA